UUUCUUCAAGGCCAAGACACUCUUUUGCAGCUUCAGCGAAAGUCAGAAAGAAUUCCACGUAUAUAAAAAGUGAGACUCUAAUGCAAUUAAUCAUCGGACAAGAACUGAAAAAACCGCACUUUAUUUCUAUUUCAGUUUUUCAGCUACUACACUUUUUUUUUCUUUCAAACAUUUUCACAAAAUGGGUCAGCUCCAUUUUUUCCUCUUUCCCAUGAUGGCUCAAGGCCACAUGAUUCCUACACUUGACAUGGCCAAGCUCAUCGCUUCUCGUGGUGUUAAGGCCACUAUAAUCACUACCCCUCUCAAUGAAUCCGUUUUCUCCAAAGCAAUUCAAAGAAACAAACAUUUGGGUAUCGAAAUCGAUAUCCGUUUGAUAAAAUUCCCAGCUUUGGAGAAUGACUUGCCUGAAGAUUGCGAGCGACUUGAUCUCAUCCCUACUGAUGCCCAUCUUCCCAACUUCUUCAAAGCUGCAGCUAUGAUGCAAGAACCAUUAGAGCAGCUAAUUCAAGAAUGUCGCCCUGAUUGUCUUGUUUCUGAUAUGUUCCUUCCUUGGACAACCGAUACUGCAGCUAAAUUUAACAUUCCAAGAAUUGUUUUCCAUGGUACAAACUACUUUGCCCUUUGUGUUGGAGACAGUAUGAGGCGUAAUAAGCCUUUCAAGAAUGUCUCAUCUGAUUCUGAAACUUUUGUUGUACCGAAUUUACCUCAUGAAAUCAAGCUGACUAGAACUGAGGUGUCUCCGUUUGAGCAAUCGGAUGAAGAGUCAGUUAUGUCUCGUGUGCUAAAAGAAGUCAGGGAAUCGGAUUUGAAGAGCUAUGGAGUUAUCUUCAAUAGUUUCUAUGAGCUUGAACCUGAUUAUGUCGAACAUUAUACCAAGGUUAUGGGUAGAAAAUCUUGGGCUAUUGGCCCGCUUUCGUUGUGCAACAGGGACGUUGAAGAUAAAGCUGAAAGAGGGAAGAAAUCCUCUAUUGACAAACACGAGUGUUUGGACUGGCUUGAUUCGAAGAAACCUAGUUCGAUUGUUUACGUUUGUUUUGGAAGCGUCGCAAAUUUUACUGUAACUCAGAUGAGAGAACUUGCUUUGGGACUCGAAGCUUCUGGACUGGAUUUCAUUUGGGCUGUUAGAACAGAUAACGAAGAUUGGUUGCCUGAAGGAUUCGAGGAAAGAACGAAAGAAAAAGGAUUAAUUAUAAGAGGAUGGGCCCCACAAGUGCUGAUUCUUGAUCACGAAUCUGUGGGAGCUUUUGUGACUCACUGUGGAUGGAAUUCGACGCUUGAAGGAAUAUCGGCAGGGGUGCCGAUGGUGACGUGGCCAGUGUUUGCUGAGCAAUUUUUCAAUGAAAAGUUGGUGACUCAGGUUAUGAGAACUGGGUCUGGCGUCGGUUCGGUGCAAUGGAAGAGAUCAGCCAGUGAAGGAGUGGAAAAAGAAGCAAUCGCGAAGGCGAUAAAGAGAGUAAUGGUGAGUGAAGAAGCAGAGGGAUUUAGAAACAGAGCUAGAGCGUAUAAGGAAAUGGCAAGACAAGCAAUUGAAGAAGGAGGAUCAUCUUACACUGGACUGACUACUUUGCUGGCAGAUAUAAGUUCAUACGAUUCAUUAAGUAGUGAUUGGAAAAAAAAUAUGUAUGGCUUCCAUGCUCUGUUUUUGUACGUUUUCUGUGUACUAAUUUGAGCAUUACUUUUUGUCUCUUCCUCUAAUAUUAAUGAUUAAUGAAUUAAAAAGAAUAUUUCUGCCCAA